AUGGGCAAUCCCUCCCCCUUGGGCGCAUCUAGUACCCCGGACCUGGAGCGCAAUGACAGUGGGCACUUUUUAAUGAACGAGACUGUUCAGAAUUUCUCGUGGCAAGGUCUAACGGUCACCGUCAAGGAUCGUGAAACAAAAAAGGCGCGCGAUCUGAUCAAUGAUAUCAGCGGUGAUGUGCAACAUGGGGAGCUCGUUGCCCUAAUGGGCCCGUCAGGCUGCGGCAAGACAACCCUCCUCAACGUGUUGGCUCGACGUGCCGCGUCAGCUGGUGCGAAGGUUCUCGGGGAGACCUACGUGAAUGAUGCGGAAAUGGACUCACGGAAUUUCCAGCGGGUGACCUCUUACGUCGAGCAGGAAGACGUGUUGAUCGGGUCGUUGACAGUGCAGGAGACAUUGAAGUUCGCGGCGGACCUCUCGUUGCCCAGCUCUGUAUCGAAGCGUGAGCGUAUGGAUCGGAUCCGCACACUUUUGGAAGCAUUUGGUAUCCAGAACCAGGCGAACACGUUGGUCGGCACCCCGAUCCGGAAGGGCAUCAGUGGUGGCCAGAAGCGACGUGUGAGUGUGGCUAGCCAGCUCAUCACCAAUCCAAAGAUUUUGUUCUUGGAUGAGCCAACAAGCGGUCUAGACUCGACUGCCAGCUUUGAGGUGAUGUCGUAUGCAAAGGAGCUCGCGCGGGCCAAUAACCUUCUCAUCAUUGCGAGUAUCCACCAACCAUCAACCACCACGUUUAAUCUCUUCGAUAAGCUGCUGCUUCUCUCGGCAGGGAAAACAUGUUAUUUCGGGGCAAUUUCAGCCGUGGAUAGCUACUUUAGUGGCAUUGGAUAUCCAAUCCCCGCACAAACCAACCCUGCUGAAUUCAUUUUGGAUACCGUCAGUUCCGAUUUUGCGAGCUCGAAGGAGGAGGACCGAGUCGGUGUCAUUCAAACUGCCUGGGCAAACUCGAGCGAGGCAAAAUCACUGGAAAGACAAGUGUCUGAGCGGAUAGGAUCGACAGAGAAACCUGUCAACAAAGCCUCUACAGAAGAAGAGACUCGACCAGGAACGAUUUCAAUUACCAUGGCUCUGCUGCAUCGCUCAUUUGUUAAGUCUUACCGCGAUGUCAUUGCUUAUGGAAUCCGGAUCGCAAUGUAUCUUGGAUUGGCUGUCAUGAUGGGCACAGUGUGGCUACGUCUUCAUCCGUCCCAAGACUCUAUCCAGCCGUUUAUCAACGCUAUUUUCUUUGGCUCCGCAUUCAUGUCUUUCAUGGCUGUAGCAUACGUCCCCGCAUUCCUUGAAGACCGGGCAACUUUCACCAAAGAGCGAGCCAACGGGCUAUAUGGUGUGACACCAUUUAUAGUCUCAAACUUUCUGAUUGGGCUUCCCUACCUGUUUUUGAUAUCUCUGCUCUUCUCGAUCGUCUCAUACUGGCUGUCCAAUUUCCAACCAACAGCAGAAGCCUUCUUUACCUGGGUGAUGUGGAUAUUCCUUGAUCUUGUGGCGGCCGAAUCCCUAGUGGUCCUCAUGACAUCGAUAUUCCCAAACUUUGUCAUCUCCUUAGCGCUUGUUGCAUUCGCAAAUGGCCUUUGGAUGAGUGUCGGAGGGUUUAUGGUCACGCAGAAGAUUCUCAAUCCGUUUUGGAAAUACGUGUUCCACUACAUCGAUUACCAGGCUUAUGUCUUUCAGGGUAUGAUGGUCAAUGAAUUCUCCGAGAGAAACUACUCGUGUGGUGCCGAUUGUCGAUGCAUGUGGGCUACUGACCUGGAGGAUCAGUGUCUCAUUCGGGGCACUGGAGUGCUAGAAUCGUAUGGGUAUGCCACUGGUCGCACGGGCAAGUGGGUUGGAAUCCUUCUGGGCAUCAUUGCUGGAUAUCGAGUCCUUGGAUGGAUUGCUCUCUAUCUGCGCAGGAGUUAG